GGGCCGUCGACGUCGCUCCCGGAUGACGUCACGCCAUGGCCGCCCCGCUCUGCCGCCGCCAGUAGAGGCCCCGUCGCGCGCGCGCCGCCGCUUCCCGGAACCGCUUUUCCCGCUCCCCCCUCCCCGCCCGGCCAGAAACUAGCAGGCCCACAUGGAUGUUUCUGAAAGCCCAGAACAAAGCCCCCGCUCUCCCAAUGAGAAGGAGGAGGAGGAAGAAGAGGAAGACCAGCAGCUGUCUGAUGAUGAAAUCCUGAAAGAGAGCGGCUCAGAGCAUGAGAAGGACGGAGAGGAAGGGCAGGAUGCCCAUUUGGGAGAAGAGGAAGAUGCGGCCAGAGUGUUGAGUCAGGAGGAAGAAGAGGAGAAUCACUCGGAGGAAGAGGACCACUUGAGCGAAGCCAAGUCUCCAGAUUCUGACAACAAUGAACGCAACAGGGAGCCAAAGGGCCCUUUGAGUGUCAAGGAGGAAGAGGAAGAGAGGGCAAAUGAUCUUGGGGACGAAGCCUCCUCUGUCACUCGUGAGCUGGAUGAGCACGAGUUGGACUAUGACGAGGAGGUUCCGGAAGAGCCGAGCACUGUUGCUGCUGACGAUGAGACCGACAAGGCUGGGGCAGAGGAGGAGGAAGAGGAGGAGAAGGGAGAUGAAGCCCCCGAGGACGAGAAGAAACCCGGCGCCAAGAGUGAUGAUGAAAAGGACGGACAGGAGCCCCUCGACAAAAAGAAAGAGGAAGAUGACGGAGAAAUUGACGACGGCGAGAUUGAUGAUGACGAUCUAGAGGAGGGAGAGGUGAAAGACCCCAGUGACAGGAAAGUGAGGCCGCGCUCCAUCUGCCGGUUCUUCGUGAAAGGUCACUGCACUUGGGGCAUGAACUGCAGGUUUAUUCAUCCUGGCGUGAAUGACAAAGGGAACUACUCCUUGAUAUCUAAGCCAGACCCUUUCUCGCCCAACGGCGCCCCACCUAUUGGCCCUGGCCCUCACCCACUGAUGCCGGCCAACCCUUGGGGAGGACCAGCUGUUGAUGAAAUAUUGCCUCCGCCUCCUCCAGACCCUCCGACAGAAAGUGCCUGGGAAAGGGGCCUUCGCCAAGCUAAAGAGGUUUUGAAAAAGGCCACAAUGCGGAAAGAGCAGGAGCCGGACUUUGAGGAGAAACGGUUCACGGUGACCAUCGGGGAGGACGAGCGCGAGUUCGACAAGGAGAAUGAAUUUUUCCGAGACUGGAACUACCGGAUCACUCAGGAUGUCCGGGAGUCGACCGAGGUGGACAUCAAAGAGAAUGCUAACUAUGGGCUUGACCCAUAUACGGAUCCCAGUUAUGAUUAUGAAAUAGAGCGUUUUUGGCGAGGUGGGCAAUACGAGAACUUCCGGGUGCAGUACACGGACCCGGAUCCAUACCGCAACUACCGGCUGAGUAAGGAAAGAGAAAGAGAGCGGGAGCGGGAGAACCGGCAGCGCGAACGGGAACGGGAGCGCGAGAGGGAGCGGGAGCGCGAACGACGGCAGCGGGAGCGAGAGCGCGAGAGGGAGAGGGAGCGUGACAAGGAGCGGCAGCGGCGGAAAGAGGAAUGGGAGAGAGAACGGGAACGCAUCAAGAGGGACGAGAAGGACCGGCAGCACCGGGAUCGAGAGAGGGAGCGGGAGAAAGAGAAAGAGAAACCAAAACCGAGAUCGCCACAGCCGCCAAGCCGCCAGCCUGAGCCACCAAAGAAGGAGAAGGAAACGGCCCCGACCACCCCUUCUCAGUCCAAGAGAGCCGAUGAGUGGAAGGACCCUUGGCGCCGAUCCAAAUCCCCCAAGAAGAAGCACGGGAUGUCUGCUUCUCCCAGCCGCGCUCACCGGCGCCGGAAAACCUCUGCUUCAUCAGCCUCCGCCUCUGGUUCUUCAAGAUCAUCCUCUCGCUCCUCCUCCUAUUCUGGCUCUGGUUCCUCGCAGUCCCGAUCCAGGUCAUCGUCGUACAGCUCCUACUCCAGUCGCUCUUCCAGGCACAGCUCCUUCUCAGGCAGUCGAUCCAGGUCGCGGUCCUUCUCAUCCUCCCCGUCUGCUUCCCCAACGCCAUCUCCACAUAAACCUCCUGCUAAAACCAAAGGGGAGCCCAUGCCACCGCCUGGAAAGAGUGACAGGCCUGUGAAGAAAGUAGCUGCCCCCCCAGCGCCGCCACCGGUCGUGAAAACUGCCCCAGCAGCACCGGAACCAGCCAAGACAGGGGAUGCCCGGGAAGCCAGGCGGAAGGAGCGUCAAAUGAGGACACCCCCCAGGAGGCGAGCCAUCAGCCUGAGUGGCAGCGGCAGCGGCAGCAGCUACACCGGCUCCAGCUCCCGCUCGAGGUCUUUAUCUCGGUCUCUCUCCCGCUCUCAUUCCCGGUCCUCUUCGGCCUCUGUUUCCGUGUCCCCUUCUGGCUCCAGAAAAUCCAGGUCCCUAAGUGUGAGUAGUGUCUCGUCUGUCUCUAGUGCCUCUUCCAGUAGCAGUUCCGUGCGCAGCGCAGACUCAGAAGACAUGUACGCAGGCCUGCCCAGCCCCGUGUCUUCAGCCAGCUCCCGAUCCCCGACUCCCGCGCAGCAGAAGAAGGAGAGAGCAGGCAAGUCGAAAAAAGAAGGUGGCAGCGGCAGCAACGUCAAGGAGGAGAAACGGAAACGGGAGGUGCCCGCACAGCCGCCCAAGCCAGCCAAGCCCGUGCCAGGGAGUAAAGCCCAGCAGCCCCCCCAGCCGCAGCAGCCACCACCACCUCAGCUGCAGCCGGCGGGCUUCAGCGCCCACAAAGAAAUCAAACUCACACUCUUAAACAAGACAGCUGACAAAGGAAGCAGCCGGAAGAGGUAUGAGCCCUCCGACAAGGACAGGCAGGCCUCUCCCCCGGCAAAGCGGAUCAACCUCUCUCCAGACAAAGGUCCUCGUGAUAGGAAGCUCGGGGGAAGGAUCUCCUCGCCCAAACAAGAGCGCCAGCGGGGCCCAAAUCCCAAGCCCUCCCCAGCUCAGGCCGACAAGAAGCGUCUGCCAUCUCCCCAGUCCAAGAGCUCCAGCAAAGUCACGAGCAUCCCUGGCAAGGGGGCUGAUCCCGCCCCCCCAGCUGCUACUGCAAAAUCGGGCAAGUCCAGCACGUUAUCCCGGCGGGAGGAACUCCUGAAGCAGCUGAAGGCCGUGGAGGACGCCAUUGCCCGCAAGCGGGCCAAGAUCCCCGGGAAAGCAUAGGCUUCCUCGGCUUGCCCCGGAUUAGAGACUGCUCUCUGUGUUUUUAUAAAUAGCGUACAAGCAGCCACUUCGGAUUCUGACGUUCUGUUUUUUUUUCUUUUGGCUGUGAUCCUUUUUAAAAA